AAUAUUUUUCAAACGCAAAGUGAAUACAAAAACAAAUCAUAAAUUGAUUAAAGGAUUGCUUUUUUGGUGUCAUUGAAAGCCAGUUGUAUUGAGUGACCGAUAAUAUGAACAGCUGUUCGCUGGACGUCCAGAAGUGGCGGCACAUCCGCGACGACUACAUCGCUGGACAGCAGUACAAGUCGGCCGUCUUCUGGAGCGAUAAGAUUGUCUCAUUGAGCGCCGGACACACCGACGAUGUCUACCAACAGGCCAUCUGUUUCUAUCACUUGAAUGAGUUCCACAGAGCCAUCCAUUGCAUCAAAUCCAGACAAUUGCACACAACUGUCCUCUCGUGCCGUCAUUUGGUCGCCAAAUGUCACUUUUCGGCCAAAGAGUAUAAGGAAGCGCUGGAAGUGCUUGAAUAUGAUUAUAAUGACACCAAAUCGAUGGACAUAACCGGCGGUGACAGAGAAGGAGAUAAUAAAUUUUCGGCCAAAGAGUAUAAGGAAGCGCUGGAAGUGCUUGAAUAUGAUUAUAAUGACACCAAAUCGAUGGACAUAACCGGCGGUGACAGAGAAGGAGAUAAUAAAUGGAAUAGUGGAAUCGCUUUACUUAAAGGUCAGAUAUACGAGGCGUUAGACAAUCGGAUGAUUGCCAUCACUUGUUUCAAAGACGCCCUCAAAUACGAUGUCUUUUGUUACGAAGCCUUCUAUUCGUUAACUCAACACCAAAUGCUUACAAGAAAUGAAGAGGAGGCGAUCAUCGGUUCCCUAGAGUUUGAGAAUCAAUGUACUAAAGAUGAGACCAAAUUUGUCAGAUUUCUAUACGAAUCGCAACUCAAAAAGUAUGACAAACCGGGAGACAUAACGGUUCCCAAUGAGUUUUCAAACAUUCUCUACGAAAACGUUGAUUUCAUGACAACAUUAGCCGAAAGACAUUACUAUAACUGUGAAUACCAACAGUGCUUUAGGAUUACUUCUCAAGUUUUAACCCGAGAUCUCUAUCACACGCAAUGUCUUCCCAUUCACUUGUCAUGUCUGAUGGAACUCAAGAAAACGAAUGCGCUUUUCGAUUUGGCGCAUAAACUCGUCGAUCUCUAUCCCGAAAGUUCGUUGUCGUGGUUCGCCGUCGGCUGUUAUUACCUAUUGAUCAACAAAACAGACGCCGCGCGACGAUUCCUAAGCAAAGCGACCACUUUGGACAACGUGUUGGCUCCGGCGUGGCUUCUGUACGGCCACUCAUUCGCUGUGGAGAGCGAACACGACCAGGCGAUGGCCGCUUACUUCAAGGCAUCUCAUCUGAUGAGAGGCUGUCACUUACCCCUCCUUUAUAUAGGCUUAGAGUACGGCUUAACAGAUAACACAAAAUUGGCCGAAAGGUUCUUCAAACAGGCCCUCGAAAUCGCACCAAACGAUCCCUUCGUUUUGCAUGAGUUGGGAGUUAUUGCAUAUCAGAGCUCAAAUUUUACUUCAGCCGAGAAACACUUCAGAGACGCUCUGAAUAUAAUUAAGAAUAGAAAGGAAAUAACAGUAUUGCCCGACAAAUGGGAACCACUUCUCAAUAAUAUGGGACACGUCUUAAGGAAAUUAAAGAAAUACGAAGAGGCGAUCGAUUUCCACAAACAGGCGCUGAUUCUGUCGCCGCAAAAUCCGUCCACAUAUUCAGCGCUCGGAUUCGUGUAUAGUUUGAUGACUAAAUGGAAUGAAUCGGUCGAAUACUUCCAUAAGGCUUUAGGUCUGAAACGAGAUGACUCGUUCUCGACCACAAUGUUAGGCCACGCCAUCGAACAUCUGGUCACUGAGAUCUCUAUAUUUCACGAUUCUACUAAUGGGACCGAAAACGCUGUUAAAUAUGAAAAACAAACGGUUAUAACAGACUUCUUGUUAUCGAAAGCAAAUGAAGAGAAAAUUCUGCCAAAUGUUAAGAUCACUGGGAGUCGAUCCAAAUCUAAUAUCAUUAAUACAACACCACAACCACCAGACACUCCAUUACCCGAUCUGAGCGCUAAUGACUGCGAAAUGGAUAUUAGCAACUGAUCCAUAAGUUAUAACUCAAAUCAUUAUUUUAAAUUUAUUUACAAAUUUAUUAAAUAAUUU